AUGAUGAAAACAAAUAUCAACGCUCUACUAAAAUCUGAGGAAGAAAAAGAGCAAGGGAAUAUUUUAUUUAAACAAGGUGACUAUGAGUUAUCUAUUUUCCAUUAUACUCGAAGCAUAAACUAUGUACCAACAUCAUCUAUUCUGUAUACAAAUAGAUCUUUGGCAUAUUAUAAAAUUGGAGCGUAUGAUAAAAGCUUGAAUGACGCGAUAAAAGCAAAGGAACUCGAUCCAAACAAUUUGAAAAGCUAUUACAGAAUAUGCGAAUCGUAUAAGGCUUUAAAAGAUUUUAAAAAUUUUGAAAAAUAUACAAAAAUAUAUAAUAAUAAAAAAAAUUCUAUACAAAACGAACAGAAUAAUGAAAAUGAAAAAAGCAACGAUAAAGAAACGAAUCUUGACAAAUUUCAUUCACAAUAUAUUAAAAAUAAAAUAAAUGAGAAAAAUUAUGAACAAAAAGUUAUUAGAAAUAUAAAAAAAAGUUCAGAAUUAAUAAAUUUGUGUCAAAAAGAUGAAAAAGAAAACUUUUUAUUUUUUAAUACCCCACAAAUAGAAAAUAAAAAAACAAAUAUAUCUUUUGAAAAAAAAGAAUAUAAACAGAAUUUUUUAAUUGAAGAAAUAUAUGAUUUUAAAAAUCCUGAAAAAGAAACAAAAAAUAAAAAUAAUGAUAUAUCUAUAAAUAAUAAUUCUAACAAAAAAAAUGAUAAUUCGAAAAACAAAACAAACAAAUUAAGCUAUAUAGACAUUUACAACGACAUAAUAUGUUUUACAACAAAAUUUACUGAUUUAUUUUUAGAUAAUACAUUACUAUCGGUUUAUAUCCAAAAAGAAAACAUAAAAACAAAAAAUUAUUUCGGGGAAUAUGAUUUAAAAAAAUUGAAAGAAAAGGCAGACAUACUUUUUUCUCAAAAGAAGUAUAUAUAUUCCAUUGAUAUCUAUAACGAUGUACUUCAAUCUUUAGAAUCUGAAAAAGGAAUAUACUAUUGUACAGUUCUAAAUAACAGAAGUGUCUGUUUCAUUGAAAUGAAAAAAAACCGAAGUGCUCUUUGCGAUAUAUGUAAGACUUUGAAUAUCCUUUUUUCUUUUUUUGAGCAACACAAGGAAAAAAUAAAAAAUAUUCAAAAUGAAGAAAAAAAUUCAGAACAAUUAUUUUAUCCGAUUGAUAUAGAUAUUUAUAAUGAUAUAAAUGGGAUAUAUUACCAGGCUCACAAAAUAUUAAUAAAGUUAUUAUUUAGAUAUAUAAAAUUUUCACAUUUUUAUAGUAGCAAAUUUAAGCUUGCUUCGAUUGAUCAGGUUUCUAUCUUUAUGAACAUGAAGGGAAUGGAAUAUUUAGAUCGUAAAGAAGUUGAAAAAUUAAAGGACACAGUUUAUUCAAAAUUAUGA